AUGGCAGCAACAGUAACCACAGCUUCUGGUGCUACAUGGCAAGAGGUUGCAGCAGACAGACAGAAACACCGAGACGCAACAAUUGUCGCCAUUGAACCUCCCUUACCAGAAAUCAACGAUAUUCCAAUUAAUACAAUUCCGCUGGCGAAGAAGUACCUCACGGCAGAAGAGAUCAAGAUCACCGAGAGCUAUGUGGAAGAUCUCGUUGUUCAGCUUGCAAACGGAGAGAUCAGUUCUACAACUGUUAUCAAAGCAUUUCUUCGCCGUGCAGCACUUGCACAGAAAGCUACGAAUUGUAUCACGGAACUCCUUCCCGCACGAGCCCUCGAGCGCGCAGCCUUCCUCGAUAAGUAUAUUGCCGAACACAAGAAGCCUAUUGGUCCUCUACAUGGUAUACCAAUCAGUGUGAAAGAGCAUGUUGGUAUGAAAGGGCUGGACUUAAAUGCUGGAUUCGUUGCUUGGGUCGGGACUGUGGCGGAGGAGGAUGCGCAUAUCCUGCAGAUAUUGUGGAGGGCGGGUGCGGUGUUUUAUGCGAGGACUACACAGCCGCAGAGUUUGAUGCAUUUAGAAACGAGUAGUAAUCUAUACGGUGUUACCACAAAUCCGUUCAAUUCGACUCUAACGAGUGGUGGAUCGUCGGGUGGCGAAGGAGCUCUGCUUGGAUUUCGAGGCAGUUGUUUGGGUAUUGGGACGGAUAUCGGAGGCUCGAUUCGAAGUCCUGCUGCAAAUAAUGGAGUCUAUGGCAUGAAACCUACAUCUGGUCGACUACCCAUGGCGGGUUUUUCUGCUACUAUGCUCAGCGCAGAGCACAUAAUUCCUACUGUCGGACCACUUUCCACGAGUCUCAAAGGUUGCAAGUUAUUCAUCAAAACUUUGAUCGACAAUAAGCCAUGGUCGAAGGAACCCUCCCUCUUGCCAUUCCCUUGGAAGUCAGAGGAUUUCUUCAAAGGUAGGAAACUGAAAGUCGCUGUACUUUGGGAUGAUGGUGUCGUGAAGCCACAUCCGCCUGUGACAAGAGCUUUGAAGCAGGCUGUUGAAAAGCUCAAGGCGAGCCAAAAUGUGGAGGUCGUUGAGUGGAAGCCUUUCGAGCAUAAUAUCGCCUGGGAGAUCAUUGCAAGUAUCUGGGUUUUGCCGUUGAAAAUGCAUCUGACCAUUUCUAGGCAAAUCUCUACUUUUGCGACGGCGGCGGAGAAGAAAAGGCUGCUACAGAUGCAUCAUCAGAACCAUUGCGUCCUCUAA